AUGUGGCCCUUCAACCCCGUGCCCAUGAACGAACCCGAGGCAACUCAGUUCGACCGUGAACAGCGGCGUUUCUCGUCACGUACAGACUUGUGCUUCAAGAUCCUGAAUUUUAUCGUCACUAUCGUUGCCCUUAUUCUUCUAUACAAUGUGCCGAACCAAACUGCCGCAAGCACAAUUUCCAACAUCAAUCGAGACAUCCUGCAACUCAACCUAACCAUUGGGGAUAUGAGGGAAGCCGUUGCACGACAUGAGUUCCGCCUUUACUUGAACAAGGAAGAGUCUAUAUCCCAUAUCAUGGAGAUUCGACGCAACAAGUGGGAGCUUGAUAGCUUAAUUUCCACCGUCGGACAGCACAUGGAGCAGCUUGAUUCGCUCACUACCAUCGCCCAAGACAGCAAAGGAAAGUUUCGAGACCUAGUGUCAGAUGCUCAACAUCAGUAUACAGAUAUUCAAGUUCUCAAAUCCAAGCUUGAUUCGCUCACUACCAUCGUCCAAAACAGCAAAGGAAAGUUUCGAGACUUAGUGUCAGAUGCUCAAGUUCUCAAAUCCAAGCUUGAUUCGCUCACUACCAUCGUCCAAGACAACAAAAGAAAGUUUCGACAGCUUGACACCGCCAAGGACGAAUUGGAGAUGCUUCAUUCAGACAUCCGAGUCAUCAACGCCAGACUUUAUUCGUUAACUACCAACCGCAAAGCUAUCCAGGCUUAUCAGAAGUUGUCUUCCGAUGGCCCAUAUACACGUGAUGAGCUCUAA